AUGCGCGCGUGGUAUAAUCCACAAGCUGUCUGUGCUUAUCAUUCUGGGGCCCCCGGACAUGCCACCUUUGAUUGCAAGGCGCUUAAGCAUAAAAUCCAAGAUAUGGUUGAAGCCGGGGAGAUUGUAAUCCGGAAAAGGGAGGCGCAAGGGCCGAACGUAAAUAGGAACCCUUUACCGGAACAUGCCAAUAUCAUUGGGGUUAUUCUGGAUGAUACGGAGUAUGUGGAACCAGUCAGAGAAUUGGCAAGGGAAGCUGAAGUGUUUGGGGUCACAGACCAACCCUUUGUCAUAGAAUUACCAUUUGAAGAGGACGAAAAGCCCUUUAUUUUGGAUCUCACGCCAGCUGAGAGUGAGGCUUUGGAGCCGAUUGGGGAAAAGUCAAUUGCAAAGAAGGAAGUGUCAAUGGUUACCAGAUCGAGAAAGAUUGCAAGUCCAUUUGAAGCUGCCAUUCCGAUUCAAGCAAAUAACUCCGAGCCGCCCGUUAAACCAACAAUCACCGAGAAAGAAGCCUUGAAUUUCCUUAAGAGACUUCAGAGAAGUGAGUACAAUGUAGUUGAGAAGCUGAGCAAGUCGCCUGCCCAGAUAUCCAUGUUGGAUCUACUCUUUUCUUCAGAUAUGCAUAGGGACGCGCUGAUCGAGGUGUUGACCAAAGCUCAAAUUCCUAAGGACAUUUCAGUUGAUAAUUUCUCACAUGUAAUUGGAAAUGUGUUAUUUAUCAAGCAAAUCACUUUCUCUGACGAGGAAUUGCCGGCGGAGGGCAUUGGACAUAACAAGAUCCUGUACAUAGUUGUAAGGUGCAACGGAAAAAUGCUGUCGAAGGUGUUGAUUGACAACGGAUCUGCGCUUAAUAUCUGUCCUUGGAGCACCUUGGAGAAGCUAGGAUUGCAAGACAUUAAGUUGAGGCCUUCAGGGACCGUAGUCCGAGGUUUUGAUGGAGCACAAAAAGAGCCAAUAGGAGAAGUAGACUUAGUGGUCGAGAUGGGACCCGCACAAUUUCAAAUAACCUGCCAAGUCAUGCACUUUUCUAGUGUUUACAACAUUUUGCUUGAAAGGCCGUGGAUUCAUAAGUCUGGAGCUGUGCCGUUUUCAUUGCAUCAGUUGCUGAAAUUUGUAGUAAAUGACAAGCUGAUAACUAUAUUUGCCGAAGAUGAUUGCCUUGUAAUCACCGAUUCUGGGUCAAAAGAGGAUGGAAGCCGCAAUGUCACCAUGACUCCUCAUAGCACAGCUGAUAUCGUCUCUGUAAGUUGGAUCACAAACGAGGAGCGAGAUUUACCAAAGGCCAGUGUCAUGAUGGCCAAAGAAAUGAUCCGUGGAGGCUAUGAAUUUGACAAAGGGCUGGGACGAGAUUUGCAAGGAAUUCUGAAGCCAGUGGAGAUUGUGGAGAAAAAGGAUUCAUUUGGUUUGGGUUUCCGACCGACUGCCAAGGACAUCAGAGAGAUGAAGGAACGCAAGAGAGCGGAGAAAGAAGGAAGGUAA